UUAACGAUACGACUAGGAUAGGGCCGCUUUCGAUGAAACAGUUUAAUUUCUUGUCUUUCGGAGGUCUCACUUAAUUUUUUUAUUGUCUCUUAUCAUCAAAUUAUUAAUUAUCGAUAGCCGUACAUAAGUACUAUCAAACUUCAAACUUAAAAAAAAAAAGUUGAUAAAGUAAAAAUAUUUCUAUAGUUUGAUAAACUACUAUUUUUAUUAUGGGUAUUGGAGUGUAUCAAUUACUCGGUCUUGUGAUUAUUUUAUCUCUUGGUUUUAAGGUCGUCGACUGUGAAGAUCAAGGGGAUAAUUUACUUGGUAUUAAUUCGACAGAAGGAAUAAUUGAAAGUAAUUGUUCUGAAAAUUCAGCAAGAGAUUUCCCAGAGGAAUUAUUUACGAAAGAUCAAUUACGCAAAGGUGCUGUUUUGUUGCAUACAUUUUUUGGUUUUUAUUGUUUUCUAUUAACUGCUUACGUAUGCAAUGAUUAUUUACUACCAGCAUUGGAUAUUAUUUGUGCCGAUUUAAAAAUAACAGCCGAUGUUGCGGGUGCGACAUUUUUAGCAACAGCGAGUUGUUUUCCUGAAUUAUUUGUAAAUGUUGUGGGUACAUUUUUAACAGAAUCUGAUCUUGGAGUCGGUACUGUUGUAGGUGGUGCUGUUUUUAAUACAUUUGCGACACCAGCUUUUGGAGCUUUAUCUGCUGUUCAGGGAAUACAAUUAGAUGGAUGGAUUUUAUCACGUGACUGUAUUAUUUAUAUUAUAUCUGUUAGUGUAUUAGUUAUUGUUAUGUGGGAUUCACGUAUCACUUGGUACGAAGCUAUGAUUUUAAUGAUAUUAUUCACGGCAUAUUUUGCUUUACUGUUUCUCAAUAAAUUUCUUAUUAAAUUUACAAAGUAUAUAAAAACUUUGUUCAAUAAAAAAUCAACGCUUGUUGUUAAAACUGAAUCUAAAAUCAAUCAAGACAUGUUAAUAGGAUCUUACAAACCAUUCGUACAUGGAGAAAUGAAAUUUGAGUACAGAAAAAGUGUACAGUGUAGUAAAAAAAAAGAAGUAGAAAAUGGAAUUUGUAAGAUGGAAAUAAAUGAAAAAUUUGAAGAAUAUAUUGAGCCAGAUACGCCAUUUGUACGGCCAACCGGAAAUUUUUUAAAAAAAUUUUGGUACUUAUUUACGUGGCCAUUAAGAUUGAUUUUAUUUUUAACGAUACCUGACACUCGUUAUAAAAAGUUUCAUAAUUGGUAUCCAAUAACUUUCAUAAUGUGUGUUAUUUGGAUAGCCAUUUCGUCUUAUUUAGUAAGUUGGAUGAUGACUGUCGUUGGUGAUACUCUUGGUAUAUCUGAUUCUGUAAUGGGAUUAACUUUUUUAUCCGCUGGCGGGAAUAUGCCUGAACUUGUAUCUAUUAUGAUUCUUUCACGACAAGGAAACGGAGAUAUGGCGAUGAGUAAUACACUCGGAGCAAAUACACUUGAUAUUUUAUUGUGUUUGGGCUUACCAUGGAUGAUCAAAACUCUUAUGACAAGCAGCGAUGUUGUCAUUGAGUCUAGUGCCAUAGCAUACAGUGUUAUGUCUAUAGUUGUUUGUGUUAUGGGAUUUUUUGGUGUCACUGCGUUUUAUAAGUAUCAAUUAAACCGUAAAGUCGGUAUCGCUUGUCUUAUUAUGUAUGUAUUUUUUUUAACAUUUGCUAUCAUGAUGGAGUCCAAUAUUAUUUUUUCAGUUAACUUACAGAGUAUAUUUUGUGAUGAUGGAUAAUAUAUAUAUAUAUUAUUUCAGUGAGUUGAUAAUAAAUUUAAAAUAAGUGCUGGCACUUAUUAAUUAUAAAAAAAAGU